GCGCAGCCCCUACCUCCUCGCCCCGCAGCCUGCCUGCCUGCCUGCCUGCGAGCCCUGGAGGAGGAGGCGGCGCGGGCGGGCGCGCCCACCGGCCCGCGGUUUCCUUUCCCGCUCGCUGCCAAAGUCAAGCCCCCCUAAUGGCGCCCCGCGCAGCUGCGUUCGCGACGCGCCCUGCGCGAAGCGGGCGUGUGAAAAGAGCGUGACCGCGACCCGCGGAGGCGGCCCCCUAGGCUCCUCCUGGGUCGCAAGCAUCCCUGUCACCCGAGCGCGGAUCCCGGGUGUUCUGUGUGUUCCCGCCGGUCCUUCCCCUGGGCCGCGGGUAGUCACGGUCUUUUAAGUGCAGGAAUUUCCCCUGGCUCGUCUUGCCCUCGCUGUAAGUGCCAUGCCCUUUGCAGGAAGUGAUGGCAGCGGGCUCGGUCACUUGGGCUGCAGCUUCGCGUAGCCGCCAAACAAGCAGGUGUCCCAGCGCGCUUGAAAUCACUAGCGUACGUGGGGAACGUGCAGUGAUGUAUCAUUUUGGGGGCGCAGGGAAGCCCCCCCUCCCCUCUUUUCCUGCACAUCGGCUGUCCAUCACAGUGCCGAGGAGGCUGCUUGUCUCUUCCCCAAUACUGCAGAGCCCUCCCGUAACAGCCAAUCCCAGCGCAGGAAGUGGGCAGGUUUUACUGUGUCACUCUCCCCUCAAUGGAAAAACCCUCUGCAUCCUUUUUUGCUUGGUGGGGGGAGAGGAGGAAGAAGCAGUUCCCCUGCAGUUUAGAAGCUUUUCGUGCAAAGGGGGAGGAGAAAAAAAAAAAAAAGAUUCUUUAAAUCGUUCCUGUGAGAGUUGUGUUUGUGUCCUGACUGCUUUGGUGUUCAACAAAACCCUUCAAUUAUCUUACUUAAUCAGACAGGAUGAUAGCUGCCCAGCUUCUGGCCUAUUUCUUCACAGAAUUGAAGGAUGAUCAGGUCAAAAAGAUUGAUAAAUAUCUUUAUUCCAUGCGGCUCUCUGAUGAAACACUGGUGGAUAUUAUGGCUCGCUUCAAGAGGGAGAUGCAAAAUGGUCUUUCUAGAGACUUCAAUCCAACAGCCACAGUAAAAAUGCUUCCUACAUUUGUAAGGUCAAUUCCUGAUGGCUCAGAGAAAGGAGAUUUCAUUGCAUUGGAUCUUGGAGGAUCUUAUUUUCGAAUUCUGCGAGUGAAGGUCUCAGAUGAGAAAAAGCAGACAGUACAAAUGGAAACUGAGAUUUAUAACACACCAGAAGAUAUCAUGCAUGGCACUGGAACCCGGCUCUUUGAUCAUGUUGCUGAAUGCCUGGGAGAUUUCAUGGAGAAGCAACAAAUCAAAGACAAGAAAUUGCCAGUUGGGUUUACAUUUUCUUUCCCUUGUAGACAAUCCAAGCUAGAUGAGGGUAUUCUGAUAACCUGGACAAAACGCUUCAAAGCAAGUGGAGUUGAGGGAGCAGAUGUAGUAAAGCUGCUCAACAAGGCAAUCAAGAAACGUGGGGACUAUGAUGCAGACAUCAUGGCUGUUGUAAAUGACACAGUAGGAACAAUGAUGACCUGUGGGUUUGAUGACCAGCGUUGUGAAGUUGGCUUGAUUAUAGGUACUGGCACGAAUGCCUGCUACAUGGAAGAAAUGAGGCAUAUUGAUCUGGUGGAAGGUGAUGAGGGGAGGAUGUGCAUUAACACUGAGUGGGGAGCCUUUGGAGAUGAUGGGUCACUAGAAGACAUCAGAACUGAGUUUGACAGGGAGAUUGACCGUGGAUCCCUCAAUCCUGGAAAACAACUGUUCGAGAAGAUGGUCAGUGGACUGUACAUGGGUGAGCUGGUCAGGCUUAUUCUUGUAAAGAUGGCCAAAGAGGGGCUACUAUUUGAGGGGCGAAUCACUCCAGAGCUUUUAACCAAAGGAAAAUUUGAAACGAAACAUGUGUCUGCCAUAGAAAAAAGCAAAGAAGGUCUGAAUAAAGCCAAAGAAAUUUUGACACGUCUUGGGGUAGAACCAUCCCACGAAGACUGCAUUGCUGUCCAGCACGUCUGUACAAUUGUUUCAUUCCGUUCUGCUAAUCUAGUGGCUAGUACUUUGGGCGCGAUUCUGAAUCAAUUGCGUGAUAAUAAAGGAGUAACCAGACUGCGCACUACGGUGGGUGUGGAUGGAUCCCUUUACAAGAUGCAUCCACAAUAUGCCAGACGCUUGCAGAAAACAACGAGGCGAUUAGUUCCUGACUCUGAAGUGCGAUUCCUUCUGUCUGAGAGUGGCAGUGGAAAGGGUGCUGCAAUGGUCACAGCAGUAGCAUACAGGUUGUCUGAGCAGCACAGGCUGAUAGAUGAGACUCUGGCUGAAUUCAAGCUUACUCAUGAGCAGCUGUUGCAGAUUAAAAAAAGGAUGCGAACAGAAAUAGAAGCUGGGCUGAGGAAGAAAACUCAUGAAAAUGCAAAAGUAAAAAUGUUGCCUACCUUUGUUCGCAGCACACCAGACGGAACAGAGAAUGGAGAUUUUCUGGCUCUCGAUCUGGGAGGAACAAACUUCAGAGUUUUGCUUGUGAAAAUCCGUAGUGGUAAAAGGAGAACAGUUGAAAUGCACAAUAAAAUAUAUGCUAUUCCUAUAGAGGUCAUGCAGGGUACUGGAGAAGAACUGUUUGAUCACAUUGUUAGCUGUAUCUCAGACUUCCUGGAUUACAUGGGAAUAAAAGGCGCACGACUUCCCCUUGGCUUUACAUUUUCCUUCCCUUGCAAGCAGACCAGUUUAGAUGCUGGUAUCCUCCUCAACUGGACCAAAGGCUUUAAAACUACAGAUUGUGAAGGAGAGGAUGUAGUGUAUUUGCUUAGGGAAGGCAUUAGAAGGAGAGAGGAAUUUGACUUAGAUGUUGUGGCAGUGGUGAAUGAUACAGUUGGCACUAUGAUGACUUGUGCAUAUGAAGAUCCUAAUUGUGAAAUAGGACUCAUUGUGGGUACUGGCAGCAAUGCAUGUUACAUGGAGGAAAUGAGAAAUGUAGAGAUGGUAGAGGGAGAUCAAGGACGAAUGUGUGUGAACAUGGAAUGGGGUGCAUUUGGAGACAAUGGAUGCCUGGACGACAUCAGGACAAUUUAUGACAAAGCUGUCGAUGAUUAUUCGUUAAAUGCUGGAAAACAAAGGUAUGAGAAAAUGAUUAGUGGAAUGUACCUGGGAGAAAUCGUUCGCAAUAUUUUGAUUGACUUCACUAAAAGGGGAUUCCUGUUUAGAGGUCAAAUUUCAGAGUCGCUGAAGACCAGAGGUAUCUUUGAAACCAAGUUCCUUUCACAAAUUGAGAGUGACAGGUUAGCAUUGCUUCAGGUACGAACAAUCCUCCAGCAGCUGGGCUUGAAUGGUACCUGUGAUGACAGUAUAAUUGUAAAGACGGUUUGUGGAGCAGUAUCCAGAAGAGCAGCUCAGGUGUGUGGAGCUGGAAUGGCUGCGGUUGUUGAUAAAAUAAGAGAGAACAGAGGAUUAGACCACCUGGAAGUAACAGUUGGUGUAGAUGGGACUCUGUAUAAACUACAUCCACACUUUUCAAGGAUCAUGCACCAAACAGUAAAGGAUCUUGCACCAAAAUGCAAUGUGACAUUCCUCCUUUCAGAAGAUGGCAGUGGGAAAGGAGCAGCUCUCAUUACUGCUGUGGGAUGUAGACUUCGUGAUGCUGAGCAAAACUAAACUCCAGAACACUGGCUUUAAUUCUGCCUUUCGAGCACUUUCUUAUAAAGCAGCGACUCUGUAGUCUGAACUGGUAGAAGACCAGAAUUCACUGCUUUAUUGAAAAAUACAACUAAUUACAUAAAAAAUAGGAUACAAAAUAGAGUGUGUGCUGUUGAUAAUAUCACCCAUCUCUGGACCCCCAAUCUGCAUGUUUCUUUUCCACCUGGUUGGUACAUACAUUCCCCAUCUCUAGGUCAUUAAAAUCAGUUUAUUAUUUAUGCAGCUGUCAAAAUAAGUUAUUGUUUGAGAUAAAAUUACAGCCAAAUGAUAUACAUUAAUGAGAGCUACUUUUACUUCAUAUGAAAUGUAUUCUCUCCAGCAGAUAGUAUGUCCAUGUUAAAUGCACCACUGAUAUGCUGAACAUAAAAUCAAGGUGUUUAUGCUUAUAGAAGCAGAAGUAAUAAUUCCCUCCUGCAUUUCUGCCCAAUGUUGUUUCACUUAAAAUGACUCUGGAAAUAUUACAGUGUGUCAGCACUGGGUGCUCACGUAACUGUAUAGUGGGACUUAGAAUAUGAUUUAUUUGCCUCCAGUUUUAUUACAGUAAAAGUAAAUGGCACCGUCCCACAAAUCUGGUGUCACUGGCAUUUGCCAUUGCUUCUGUGAAUAGUGUUGUGUUAUGAAGUACAAUAUGUAUUGUUUAAAGAGGAAAAUCUUUACUAGUAAAAUCAAGUGAUUGAUUGGGGUAAUCCAAAUCUCUGGACAUAGGAAAUCUGUGGUCCUUAGCAGAUUUUGCUGUAUUCUUCAGAGUCUAAGAUUUCUAGACUUUCUGUAAAAGUUUUCUAUCCCUUUUUUACUAAAUAAAUCAGCACAUUGCUGCUGUUUUGCUGAAUCUAUAGCUAAACAGACUGAAAUAGCAUAAUACAGAAGUGUAAAAUUCUGCUUCUUACUUUAAAGAGUUUUUUUAUUUUUGGGGGGUUUUUUUGCUUCAAAGCAAGUUUUAAUGUUUAAACACCUUCUCAAAACACAAACACCCAACUAAAGUUAAUGAUCUAAGGAAAUACCAGGGUCUGGCUUUGGUUUGGACGUUAAGGAGCCAGGUGCGUAAAACAAACAAACCACACAAACCGUGCCAGGCCCAGUUAUUCUAUGGACUAAAAACAACAACAAAGAUUAUAUACAUACUUCGUAUCCCUUCCUAUGUUGAAUCGAUUCUGUCAUUGUAAGUAUUUAGCCCAUCUAUUUUUUUUUUUUUUAAAUCGAGAAGCAAGUUAAGCCAGGCUACAUUAAAUAACUUUUGCAUGUCACACUUUUUUCCUGCAAAAAAAAAAGGAGAGUCCUCUGUAGUUAGUGCUUCCUUUUCUACCAAAAAUGAAUUGAGGUCUCUGCAGCUUGCUCUUCCCUCUUCCUGUGUCACCCCCAAGAUUUGGAUUGCCCUAGUUAUUGAUAACAUUUCAGUAUGCACUGUGGUUGAAUGUUGUAAGGUAACAUGUGAGUCACAAAUAGUACUUGCAGCUUUAAGUGUGUGUGUCUACCUGAAGAAUUGCAUGCCUAACUGGUUUUGCAAAGGUAGAAAGUCUUUUUACUUUGCACACUAGUAAUAGUUAUACUAGUGUUAAGUGAUAUUUGUGAAAAUAUUAAACUUUUUUUGAUGUGUGUUAA